UGUCAUUCUGUCAGUCAGUCAGUGUCAGCCUGUCUACCUACAUACAGAGGGUAAAAAAGGGCAAAAGGGCAAGUUUUGUCAUUCAUCAGCUCUUGUCUUACUCUUGUCUUACUUCUACAUAGAUGCAGCUGACUGACUGACAUAAUCCUCCACAGCCUUGGGCACCUUUUAAUUUAUUUUAUCUUCGUCAUCCACGACUUAUAACAUCCAACUAUCACCUCUUCACCUAUUACCUUCGUCUACCCACACCCAUCCUGGGUUUACAUACCCCCCCCCCCCCCCCUCUCUUCUGCGACCUGUCUGAGGACAUCAUCUAUUUAACCCUUUUCAUUCUUCAAACAAGAAUCAAGAUACCAUAGUGGCUCGAUUUCCUUAACCCGCAUAUCGUAUCGACGACAAGGAUAGAAAAUCCAACAUGAGGGAUCCUUUCCCUAUUCCUCCUAUCCCCGCCCUCAGCAAGGCCGUCCAACCAUGGGCUGACUACCUCGGGUUACCGACCCUGCCUCUGCAUAUUCACGAGGUCCUCUUGAUGGCUGCUCUCUACUUCUUCAUCGGCACUGUCGUCUCGCCCUUCCUAUCGAGCCGAAUCUUCCCUAUUAAGUACACAGCCCUUCCCAGGAGCAAGAGGCUGAGUUGGGAUGUCCACGUCGUGUCCUUUGUGCAGAGCACCACCAUCAACAUCCUCGCACUAUGGGUUAUGUUCGUCGACGAGGAGCGCAAGAAUAUGGACUUGCAAGAGCGCGUCUGGGGAUAUACUGGCGGUGCAGCCAUGAUCCAAGCUCUCGCCGCUGGCUAUUUCCUCUAUGACCUCAUUAUUACUGUCUCCCAUAUCGAAAUAUUUGGUCUUGGUAUGCUCGCACAUGCCGUUAGUGCUUUGGCUGUCUAUUCCUUUGGCUUCCGCCCGUUUCUCAACUACUACAGUAGUAACUUUAUCCUCUGGGAGCUGUCCUCGCCUUUCCUCAAUAUCCAUUGGUUCUUUGACAAGCUGGGCAUGACUGGAACCAAGCCGCAGCUUUAUAAUGGCCUGAUGCUCAUUGCUACCUUCUUCUCUUGCCGUCUUGUAUGGGGCACAUACCAGUCUGUCAUGGUCGCUCGUGACUUGUGGUCUGGUGUAAACUCGACACCUACCGUUCUAACGGCUCUAACUCCCGACGAGCUUCUCGAGGCAUCAUUCCCUUCCCAAUAUACGAAUACCAUGCGAUUUGUAUCUCAACCAGAUAGCAUCCCACUAUGGCUUGCCGCGGUAUACACUGCCAGCAACAUAACUUUGAACUCGUUGAACUUCUACUGGUUCUUUAAGAUGAUCGAUGCCGUUCGCAAGCGGUUCGAUCCUAAGGAAAAAGUCAAGAUUGAGGAAAAGCCGGCAGAAGGCAAAGCUGUCACCACUGGCGCCCAACAACCAGGCGGUGACGAGUUAAAGACUCGCCCGCGCCGGCGAACUUUGCUCGACGGAGAAGAAGCAGAUGAACCCCCACCAAUCUAAUAUUUCCAGUAGGGAAACACCGAUUUUCUUGAUUGGCUCUCCGGCGCUAUAAUUGACUCCCGAAAGUUCCGAAGCAAUCUCUUGGCCUCUUUACAACCAGGCGAUAAUGUAGAAGCCCCGAAUUGAGAUGUAGAGACUUGGAUCAUCCCUUCAAAGGAGAAGCCGAUAUGGAUGGAAGAGGGGCUUAGCCGAACUGAGUAUCUGGUUCUAGCUUGCAAAGGAUUCGUGCGGAUAAGGGGCUUCAUGAAUGAGGUUUAUGUCAUUUCCGCUAAACCAUUAAUCAAUAAAAACGAGGAAAAUUGCAAAUAAUAAUAUCAUUACGAGUUGCUGUGAAAUAAU